AUGGAGGGCUGGGUGCGGGAGUGUGGACCUGAGACCAGCUCCCAGGCGGUGGCCCUAGCAGAGGGCUUCCUCCUGAGUCAGGCAGAGGAGAAGAAGAAGCAGCUCCAGUGGCAGUGUUACACUGUGGAGAUCAGAAAUCCUGAGGGAAAGAAGAACCCACCAAAUCCCCCUCAGGAGCUAUUUUUCAGGAGGAUCCCUUGGGAAGAUCAAAGUCAGGAGACCUCAGGAGAGAAACAAAGAAUGAAGCUUCCUGGUUUUUAUGAUGGAGAUCAAACAGCGGUUGAGCCUCCAAAUCAAGAAGGUCUUGUGUCCUUCGAGGAGGUGGCUGUGUAUUUCUCUGAGGAGGAAUGGUCUCAGCUGGAUCCUGACCAGAAAGCGCUGCAUUCAGAAGUCAUGCUUGAAAACCAUAGGAAUGUGGUCUCUCUGGGUAAGAGUUUUCUAGUCCCCAAUCAAGAAGAGAGAUUCUAGUUAGUUUUUUUAUUAAAAUACCACUGAUCAGAUAUUUUCUCCUGGGAGGGAGAAGGAAAGGAUCU